AUGUCCACGCAGUUGAUUCUAGCUGACGGUGGAGGACCGACUCAAUCGCCGACAAUGAAGAAGCUCGAAAGUUUCCCUCGAUUCAAGGAGCUGCCAAAAGAGAUCAGACUACAGAUUUGGGAGUAUUUGCUUCCUGGAACACGCGUCGUUCACAUGAACCCAACUCGAACAGAUCUCGGACCGGUGAGCCGGGUCUGGAGCAUCUAUCCUGUUGAACAGGACCCCAAUGAGGACGAAGACUCGAGGUUUUUUUGCCCGAGCUGGUGGAGAGAUGCUUUCUCGCGAGAAGGGAAAAUUUGUGGUAUCAACUACGGACCUAAGGCUCUUUGGGAACCCACAACGGCAUCCGAAUCUCUUUCGAAGAGUUUGACAACAUGCCAAGAGUCUUUUAGUGUCAUUACCGGAAACUAUGUACAAACCUUUGGAACCCUUGGCACAAUACCAAAGACUUGGUUCUCAAGUCGCGACGAUACAAUGUUCCUGAGCAUUAGUCUUCGACAUACAAAGCCCGGUAACUCAAUCUUCGAUCAAGAUCAUCCUAUCGACUUCAGGCUGGUAGAAAAGCUCGCGCUCGGAAAUCCUGGAUUCAGACCUUGCAGUGCGCCAUUUGUAGAUGCGAAAGCUUAUCCUGACUUUCUCGAACUUCUAUCAGGUUUCGAUAAUCUUCUAGAAGUCACGAUUGUAGACAGAUUUCCACCAUGUCCUAGCUAUUGGAGGAACACAUUUCCAGACUUGGUGCUCAUGGACUUCAUGGAAGUCGCUGUCUUGAUGGAAUGGUAUCAACCAGGAUACGACCCAAAGAACGACCGAAGUUUGCAGAGAUAUCAAGAGACAUGGAGCGUAAAGUCCAAAGCGGAUUUCACAUAUGAUAAAUUGGAAUUGGAACGCCAAUGGAAGUUAGCUGUCCAACAAGGCAAGCCGGCGAUCAAAACUUUGCCAAAGUUCGAUCGCAAACUUAUCUUGGAGUCUACGAACAAAGAAGCAUUCGAUCAAGCCAAAGAGGAUUAUUAUCGACAAAAGAAGGAAUACCGCAUGCGUAUCGCGGUAACGUCUUCUAACAUGGCGCCUUUUGAUGUCACCAUCGAUUCAACAACUACUGUAGAGGAUGUAGCAGAAGCAUACCGAGCUGCAAGAGGUCUUUCAGAUGAAGCAUGCAUCGCUAUCACCUGCGGUGGUCAGAGGAUUGAGGCAGGAACGAAACUUCUGGAUGUGGAAAACCUUUACGACGGUGAUGUCUUGAGUGUGCUAAGCCAAGGUGGAGAAGAAUUCGUUGACAACAGGUCAGGAACAGACAAGGGUGACGUCUGA